CGGGGAGGAGGCGCCCUCGCCGUUGCCCGGCGCCCUCGCCUCCCGCGUGGGGAGGCAGUGAGGGAGGCCCGGCACAGCUGCCAAGCGGCCAAGGGAUGAGCUGGGGCCCGCCUUCCCAAUGGCAUCUCCCCCUGGUCUGGAACUGAAGACACUGAGCAAUGGUCCCCAGGCCCCAAGGAGACCAGCUCCUCUGGGUCCAGCGGCCCCACGCAGGGAGGGUGUGGAGAAUGCCUGCUUCUUUGCGGAGGAGCACGAGACUCAUUUCCAGAACCCUGGGGAUGCCAGACUGUGCAGCUCCCCCAGCCCCCCUGAGGGCGUCCCCUCAUGGCCCCGAUCCCAGAGGGACGCCCUGUCCCUGCGUUCAGAAGAGGGGCCAGGCCUGGAGCCUGUGAGCCGCCCGGUGGAUUACGGCUUCGUUUCCGCUCUGGUUUUCCUGGUGAGCGGGAUCCUCCUGGUGGUGACUGCGUACGCCAUCCCCCGAGAGGCGCGUGUCAACCCGGACACAGUGUCAGCACGGGAGAUGGAACGACUAGAAAUGUACUAUGCGCGCCUGGGCUCACACCUGGACAAGUGCAUCAUUGCAGGCCUGGGGCUGCUCACAGUGGGCGGCAUGCUUUUGUCCGUGCUGCUGAUGGUCUCCCUGUGCAAGGGAGAGCUGUACCGCCGGCCGGACUUCGUCCCUGGCAGGGGCUCCAGGAAGACCUACGGCUCCAUUAACCUGCGCAUGAGACAGCUCAGUGGGGAUGGGAGCCAGGCCCUGGUGGAGAACGAAGUCGUCCAGGUCUCGGAGACCAGCCGCACCCUCCAGGGGUCUUAA